GCCGAGAUAUGGAGCGUUUUCAUUGCCAUCCUGAGAAAAUCUGUUAGAAAUCUGCAAGCGUGCACCGACGUCGGACUAAUUGAACUGGUCGUGAACAGACUAGCGCGUGCCGACACCGUCGUAGCAGAUCUUCUGAUUGAUAUGCUUGGAGUGCUUGCUAGUUUCAGUAUAACUGUAAAAGAGUUAAAAUUACUACUGGGUUCAAUGAAAGCUAUUAACGGAAAAUGGCCAAAACACUCCACCAAGCUCUUGAACGUUUUGCGACAGAUGCCUUUCAAAACAAGUAAAGGCGUCGGGUAUUCAGCGCAUUUCGUGGGAAACUGUUUAGUGUUGACCUCCAUGAAGAUUAAAGGCAAAGGUUUCCAACAUUGCGUAAAAUAUGAAUUCCAACCYCGGAAGUGGUACAUGAUAGCCAUUGUGUACAUUUACAACAGAUGGACGAAAAGCGAAAUCAAAUGCGUKGUGAACGGUCAACUGGCAUCGAGUACAGAAAUGGCCUGGUUCGUGUCUGCCAAUGAGCCGUUCGACAAAUGUUACAUUGGAGCGACGCCGGAAUUGGACGAAGACCGAGUGUUUUGCGGUCAAAUGUCAGCCAUCUAUUUGUUUAGCGAAGCGUUGACAACUCACCAAAUAUGUGCCAUACAUAGAUUAGGUCCAGGAUAUAAAUGCCAAUUUCGUUUUGAUAAUGAAUGCCAUUUAAGUCUACCAGAGAACCACAAAAGGGUGAGUGAUUUUAAGAAUUUGAGCCAAACCCAGAAUUCAGAUAUUUCUCGCAUGCCCCAACACGCUGUCGAUAGUUCUGUUUUGUAUGAUGGUAAAUUGUCAAAUGCAAUAGUAUUCAUGUAUAAUCCUGUAGCAACUGAUGGCCAAUUGUGUUUGCAAUCAACCCCAAAAGGAAAUGCAUCAUAUUUUGUGCAUACACCACAUGCACUUAUGUUACAGGAUGUGAAAGCUGUCAUUACGCAUUCCAUACAUAGUACCUUAAACUCUGUUGGUGGUAUACAGGUGCUUUUUCCAUUAUUUGCUCAACUUGAUUUAUCUGCAGAACCUAUGGAUAAAAAAGACGCUUCUAUAUGUUGGAAGUUAUUGGGUUUCAUUUGUGAUAUGGUUGAAACUUCUCAAACAGUACAGCAACACAUGAUUCAAAAUCGUGGAUUUCUAGUCAUUAGUUAUAUGUUACAAAGGUCAUCUAGAGACCAUUUAACRCUGGAAGUAUUGGGUUCAUUCUUACGGCUCACAAAACACCUAGUCACCAGUCUUACACCUAACAAUGAGUUACUACUGAAACAGCUCCUCGAUCAUAUACUUUUCAACCCUGGUCUGUGGAUAUAUACACCAACUCAUGUACAAACUAGACUUUACACGUAUCUGGCAACAGAAUUCCUUUCAGACACUCAAAUUUAUUCUAAUGUACGUCGAGUAUCUACUGUACUGCAAACUGUACAUACACUUAAAUAUUAUUAUUGGGUCGUGAAUCCCAGGAAUAAGAGUGGUAUUAUACCAAAAGGACUUGACGGCCCUCGGCCUGCUCAAAAAGACAUAUUGAUUAUAAGAGGUUACAUUUUAUUGUUUCUUAAGCAACUAAUGAUGUUAGGCGUAGGCUUAAAAGAAGAUGAGCUUCAGAGUAUUAUUAAUUACUUGACGACUGUUUGUGAAGAUGAAAAUCUACAUGAUGUUCUUCAAACUCUCAUGUCUCUUAUGUCUGAACAACCAGCAUCAAUGAUUCCAGCCUUUGAUGUAAAACACGGUGUACGAUGUGUAUUUAAACUAGUGGCAUCCGAAAGCCAAUUAAUUAGACUUCAAGCACUCAAACUCUUAGGAUUCUUCUUGAGUCGCAGUACACAUAAAAGAAAAUAUGAUGUGAUGAGUCCUUAUAAUUUAUAUACUUUGCUGUCGGAACGUUUAAUGUUAAAUGAAGAAACUAUUACUCUACCCACUUAUAAUGUUCUUUAUGAGAUAUUAACCGAACGAAUAAGUCAACAAAUACUUUAUACUAGGCAUCCAGAACCUGAUAGUAAUUGUAGAUUAGAAAAUCCUAUGAUUCUUAAAGUAGUAGCUACUCUAAUUCGUCAAGCAAAACCAUCCGAACAAUUAUUAGAAGUAAAAAAACUAUUUUUAUCUGACAUGACAAUACUUUGUAGUAACAAUCGCGAGAAUAGAAGAACAGUAUUGCAGAUGUCCGUUUGGCAAGAAUGGCUGAUAGCAAUGGCAUAUAUUCAUCCAAGAACAUGUGAAGAGCAAAAAGUGUCUGACAUGGUCUAUAACUUAUUCACAAUGUUACUUCAUCAUGCUAUAAAACAUGAGUAUGGUGGUUGGCGAGUAUGGGUUGAUACUUUAGCAAUUGUUCAUUCAAAGGUAUCCUUUGAAGAGUUUAAACUUCAAUUUGCUUUAAUGUAUGAACAUUAUGAGCGCCAGCGUAGUGACAAUAUUACAGACCCACGUCUACGUCAGCAACGUCCAAUCAGUACCAUAUCUGGUUGGGAAAAUCAACCUCCAGCACCACCUAUUACUCAUUCUCCAUCUGAAACUCCAGAAUCUACUAUUAGUACACCUGUAAAAGAUGAUCCGAUGCUUGAAGAAUGUGAAGUAAAAGAUGAACAAGAGUUGUCAAAGAAUUCAGAAACUACAUUAAGAGAGAGUGAAAUCAAAAAUCAAGAACCAUCGAUUUUAAGUGAAACUAAAAAAUUAGAAAAUUUAAUAGAUAUUAAAAAUGAAAAUAACACCUUGAAAACUCAAACUCAGAGUAAUGAAUUAAGUUMCACAAUAGAAAUUUUAAAAUCAAAUAAUGAAACAUCAAAAGAAAUUGAAAAUACAGUUGAAGAUACUUCUAAAGAAAAUGAAAAUGUAGAAUCACCCAAUGAUACAACAAUUGAUGAAUUAGUACCAGCUAUUGUAGAGAACAAACACAAUAUUGUAAUAGAUUUGAAUGAGAAAAAUGAAACCAAUAUUAUUGAACAAAACAAUGGGAUUCCAUCAAAAAUGGUUGAAGAUGUAAAUACAUAUUUGGAUAUUUCAGAAGAAAUUAAAUUAUUGGAUGGUACUGUCAAAAAUAGUAUUCAGCUAGAUAAUUCAAUCGCUGAAAAAUAUUUGCRAGUAAAUGGUGACAUUUUACCUGUUGAACAUGAAAGCACUMAACAAAAUGUUGAUGAAAUAAUUGAAAACCAUAUAGUAUCUAACUGUGAAGAAGACAUUGUGUCAAAAGAUAUUGAAAUAAAUACUAGUCUUAACAUUCAGCUUAGCGAAGAUCUUAAAGAUAAUAUUAUUAAAGAAAAAGAARAUAUUGAAAUUGCAAMAAUGAUUGAUUCAGAAUCAAAUGAAAAUGUAAAAGAAAAAAUAAAUGGCAAUAUUCUAAAUCAAGACAGUAUUAGUAAUAGUAGUGAUAGUGAAACAAUUAUAAAUUCAGAAUGUUUACAGCAUGAAAUUAAUGAAAAUGGUGUAGAAAAUAAUAUUGGGCAAAAUGUUGUUGCUCAACCUAUAUCUGUGAUAACAGUUCAGACAUUCGACAAUGUYGAUAGCGAUUGUUCAGAAGCGUAUUUAACACCAAAUGAACUGAAUGAUACACCGAAAAAAAAAUUAGAAAAAAUCAAUUUAAAUWYAAAUGAUUAUACCAGCAUUGUUAAUGAUGAUGUUAUGUCCCAAUUGAAUCCGUCCAUAGGCUCAAAUAAUGAAGUGGAAAUUCCGUCCAAAAACACAUCAGAAGCAAUCRUAGAACAACAAAUAAAAAAGGCAGAUAUUGAAAAUUUAGAAAAAUAUGAUACUAGUGUUGAAGAGAAUAUAAAUAUAUCAGAAGAAAAUGUUAAUAAAGUAGAAGAUAAAGUUAAUAAUAUAGAAGAAAAUGUUAAUACAGUAGAAGAGAAAGUUAAUAAUAUAGAAGAAAAUAUCAAGAAAAUAGAAGAAAAUGUUGAUAAAUUAGAAGAAAAUGCUGUUAAUACAAAUGAAACUAUCCAUAACAUAGAUGCCAAUGUAGUUAAAGUUAUAGAACAUGUCAAUAUAGUAAGAGAAAACGAAGUUGAUAUAGAAAAUGAUAAAAUUAUUGAAAACUGUUAUGAAACAGAGAAUGAGUAUAAUGAAGAUGUGAACAAUAAAGCAGAAUCUACUUCAGUAAAUGGAGUUGAAGACAAAAAAAAUAAAAAGACUGAGAAAAAACCAGUUGCUCCAAAUAUAGACACCAGACCAAUGUUUAAUCCAGGUCCAUCCAGACCUCCCUUUAGAAUUCCAGAAUUCAAAUGGUCUUACAUUCAUCAAAGAUUAUUAUCAGAUGUGCUCUAUUCACUUGAAUCCAAUAUUCAAGUCUGGAGAGGCCACUCGACCAAAUCAGUUUUGGAUUUUGUUAAUGGGGCCGAGAAUGCAAUUUUUGUGGUCAAUACUGUACAUUUGAUCUCACAGUUGUCAGAUAACCUGAUCAUAGCGUGUGGUGGACUAUUACCAUUGCUUGCGUCCGCCACAUCGCCUAAUAGUGAGUUAGAUAUUAUGGAACCUACUCAAGGAAUGACAGUUGAAGUGGCUGCAUCCCUACUUCAAAGAUUAGUCAACAUGGCUGAUGUGUUAGUAUUUGCUAGUUCUCUCAAUUUCUCUGAAUUAGAAACAGAAAAAAACAUGUCAAGUGGUGGAAUACUACGACAGUGUCUGCGAUUAGUAUGCACAAAUGCUGUGCGUAACUGUUUAGAAUGUAAAGAACGUAGUCGUCUGUURGUYUUACCUUCACAACCAAAUAACCCUAAACAGUUACAUUUGCAAUCACUUAUACGAGCUGGUCAAUCAUCACCUAAGAGUUUAAUUGAUGGUUCCACAAAUCCUAUACGUGAUCCAGAAAAGCUAUUACAAGAAAUGGAUAUUAAUCGUUUGCGUGCAGUUAUUUACAGAGAUGUGGAGGAAACCAAGCAAGCACAAUUUCUAUCAUUGGCUAUUGUUUAUUUUGUGUCUGUGCUGAUGGUAUCCAAGUAUAGAGACAUAUUGGAACCACCUACAGCAAUGUUACAAAUACAYGGGAACGCUCAACCAAACAAUAAUCAAACCCGAUCAGAAAGUCCGCCAAAUUGUCAUGGUACAAGACCGUUGUUUCCUCAAUGGUCCCAUCAUGUCUAUCCUCAAUUCCUACCUCCAUCUCACUCGAUAGAUCCACAAAUGCCCCAUAACUUCGGCCACCGCAACAUUAUGUCACAUUACGCUGCGCCCUCGUUAGGACAACAAGAUGAGGAAGAAUAUAAUAUGAUGAUGACAUCAAUGGACAAUUUAAAUCAUACUUCACAAGUGCCAAAUAUCCCGUGCAAUAAGAGUACAUGCUCUGAAGAAUUAGCAUCUACAAGCUCAGCUGCUUGCAGUGAUGCUGAAAGUAAUGAUACUGAUGUCAAAGCUAGUACCAUAACAUCUGCUCAUAAUGAAGAAGCMUGGACCGAUGUAAAUCUUAACGAGGACUCUCAAUCUAACAACGAAGAUGAUGGAAGAGUACAUAGAGAUAUACGUGGAGAUAAACCGCUCAGUGAAAUAUCUGUGGUCAAUGUUCCGACAUCAAAUACACAAAAUGUGAACUUGCAAAAUCCUGGACAUAACGUUGAAGACUUUGGCUUAAAAAAUGUCAACUUGCCUCAUCAGACGCAUUUGCCCAACAGAGAGGCAUCUCUUACACACAAAUUAGAAGCAGCCCUGGGUUCUGUGUGCCCACUUUUACGUGAAAUAAUGGUGGACUUUGCUCCGUUUUUGUCGAAAACCCUUGUUGGCUCCCAUGGGCAAGAAUUGCUAAUGGAAGGCAAAGGAUUGACGACAUUUAAAAACAGUCAAUCGGUCGUUGAACUAGUAAUGUUGCUUUGUUCUCAAGAAUGGCAAAAUUCGUUACAAAAACACGCUGGUCUUGCAUUUAUCGAACUCAUUAACGAAGGGCGAUUAUUGUCACAUGCCAUGAAAGAUCAUAUUGUCCGCGUAGCUAAUGAAGCCGAAUUCAUAUUGAAUAGGAUGCGAGCUGAUGACGUAUUGAAACAUGCCGAUUUUGAAGCCCACUGUGCUCAGACAACGCUGGAACGCCGAGAAGAAGAGAAAAUGUGCGAUCACCUAAUAACGGCAGCGAGACGUCGGGACAGUGUGGUCGCAAGUCGUAUUCUAGACAAAAUCUGUAACAUAUUAUCCAAUAAACACGGUGCUUGGGGAUAUCUUCACGAGAACAUACCCAUAAGAAUGUCUCAGUUUUGGAAAUUGGACGUAUGGGAGGACGACGCGAGGCGACGCAAACGGUUUGUGCCCAAUCCGCGGGGAACAACGCAUCCGGAAGCCACGUUAAAGGCUGCAUUAGAACACGGUGCACCGCAAGACGCUAUACUACAGGCCAGAGAAGAAGUUUUUCACGCUCAACUGGUGGCUAUGAGCACACAAAGCGGCCCGGGUAGUCAAUCCUCCGACCUACUUGAUGAUUCAGAACUAAUGACUGAUGACAGAGAACUAGACGCCGAUCUUGUUGGGCCAGUAAACAUCAGCACAAGGGCGUCGUUAAUAUCUGCUGGAGUUGUUGCACCUGGUAUCGUGUCCAUAACAUCUGCAGAAUUAUACUUUGAAGUCGAUGAAGAUGAUCCUGAAUUUAAAAAACUCGAUCCUGAGGUAUUGAAAUAUUGCGAUCAUUUACAUGGAAAAUGGUACUUUUCGGAAAUCAGGGCAAUAUUCUCRCGCCGGUACUUAUUGCAGAACAUCGCCAUCGAAAUAUUUAUGGCUAGCCGAACAUCCGUGAUGUUUUCAUUCCCUGACCAGAAUACAGUUAAAAGAGUCAUCAAAGCGUUGCCAAGAGUUGGAGUUGGUAUCAAGUACGGGUUACCACAGACUAGACGAGCGUCUAUGAUGUCUCCCAGGCAAUUGAUGAGAAACUCGAACAUGACUCAAAAGUGGCAGCGUCGCGAGAUAUCCAACUUUGAGUAUCUAAUGUUCCUAAACACUAUAGCCRGACGAACUUACAACGAUUUGAACCAAUAUCCAGUUUUUCCGUGGGUUCUUACCAACUAUGAAUCGACUGAAAUGGACCUAGGUCUCCCAUCCAACUACCGCGAUUUAUCAAAACCCAUUGGAGCGUUGAAUCCCAGUCGCAAAGCUUACUUUGAGGAGCGGUACGGCUCUUGGGAAAACGAAAGCAUUCCGCCAUUCCAUUACGGUACCCAUUACUCGACUGCGGCUUUUGUACUCAAUUGGCUAAUCAGAAUCGAACCGUUCACCACGAUGUUUUUGGCUCUACAAGGUGGCAAGUUUGACCAUCCCAACCGUUUGUUUUCUUCCAUUGCGCUGUCUUGGAAGAACUGCCAACGAGACACUUCUGACGUUAAGGAAUUAAUUCCUGAAUUGUUUUUCCUGCCUGAAAUGUUGUCCAACGACAACGAGUACAAAUUGGGACAUCAAGAAGACGGUACUUCGGUAGAUAACGUCGAGUUACCGCCGUGGGCUACUUCGCCCGAAGAGUUCAUCAGGAUCAACAGAAUGGCUUUAGAAUCCGAAUUUGUAUCGUGUCAACUACAUCAGUGGAUCGACCUGAUAUUCGGGUACAAGCAGAGAGGACCGGAAGCCAUYAGGGCGUCCAACGUGUUCUACUAUUUGACGUACGAAGGAAGCGUCGACAUGGACACCAUAACCGAUCCGAUAAUGAGAGAAGCCAUCGAAAAUCAGAUACGCUGUUUCGGCCAGACGCCUUCUCAAUUGCUGAUGGAACCGCACCUGCCCCGAAGUUCGGCUAUGCACAUUUCGCCGAUGAUGUUCACAAGCAUUCCCGACGACGUAUGCAUGACCAUGAAGUUCCCGUCAAAUUCACCGAUUUGCCACAUAUCGGCGAACACGUUCCCUCAACUACCUAUGCCAGCGGUUGUAACCGUGACUACCAACAUGCAGUUCGCAAUAAAUCGAUGGAACACUAACUAUUCCGUGACAAUUCAAUCGCCCAGUUACGCCGAAAGUCCUCAGCAGCCAAACGUAAACUUACCCCUGGUUAUGGAUCAAAUCUUGACUCAAUCAAAUAGCAAUAUGAAUGUGACAUUAAAACGCCAUCUAGGAGACAACUUUAGUCAGAAAUUAAAAAUUAAGUGGAAUUGUUUUGUCACCACAGUGGACAGCCGUUUCUUGAUCGUUUGUGGUUUUUGGGACAAUAGUUUCAGAGUGUUUUCCACAGAAACUGCAAAAAUUGUUCAAAUUGUAUUUGGCCAUUAUGGAGUGGUGACGUGUUUGAGUCGCAGUGAAUGCAACAUUACUUCUGACUGUUACAUUGCCAGUGGAUCAUCCGACUGCACCAUCCUAUUGUGGCAUUGGAAUGCGAGAAGUCAGACAAUAGUUGGGGAAGGUGAUCAUCCGACUCCUAGAGCCACUUUAACAGGCCAUGAACAACCGGUCACCUCAGUGGCCAUUUCUGCAGAACUUGGAUUGGUCGUAUCUGCGUCUUCAGGUGGUCCAGUUCUUGUUCACACAACAUUUGGUGAUCUCCUUAGGUCRCUGGAUCCUCCUAACGGAUUUGAAAACCCUGAGUGUGCUGUCAUGUCUCGAGAAGGCAUAAUUGUUGUGAACUAUGAACAUGGUAGCAUUGCGGCAUUUACAAUCAAUGGCAAAAGACUGAGACAUACUACACACAAUGAUAAUAUCCAAUGUAUGUUGCUAAGCAGAGAUGGUGAAUACUUGAUGACUGGAGGUGAUAAAGGAAUUGUUGAAGUAUGGAGAACAUUUAACUUAUCAUUACUCUAUGCUUUUCCGGCUUGUGAUAGCAGUGUACGAUCAUUGGGACUUACACAUGAUCAAAAAUUUUUAUUAGCUGGACUAUCUACUGGAUCAAUUGUCAUAUUCCAUAUUGACUACAACAGAUGGCACCAUGAAUUCCAACAAAGAUAUUAAUAACUCUACACUUGUAUGUCAUACAUAUAUAUAAUAUAAAUGUAUGUAUGUAUGUAUAUAUUUAAAUMAUUUAAAUUUUAUUACAUUAAUAAUAUUAUACAAAGUUGGAGCUCAAUGUAAAAGUAUCUUUGUCAGUAUAAAUGUAUGCAAUAAUUUUAUCACUUUAUAGGUAUAAAAGUGAUAUAUUAUUGUGAUAUUGUUUGUUGUAUGCCUUGCGAUAAACAAUAUUUAAUGCAGACAAUUUAUAUUUUAACACAUGAUCAUCUUUGGUUGUUAACUUAAGUGACUAAUUUAUAUUUAUGUUCAAAAAGAAAGAGUGUUACCAAAUAUUUACAAUUUUCUAUUCAAGUUUUAUUUGUUUUCAUAGUUAAUUAUGUUGGUAUUAAAUAACAUAGUGGGAGAUUACGUUCUGUUARUAUUACAAUUUCACUUGAAUUUCGAUUUUAAUCUUAUUCAUAUAUUUUCGGUUGUUUCAUCUCUAAAUAUCUUUUUUUAAAUGUAUUUGUGAAUCUU